AUGAAGCGGCAGUUUUUCACAGCUGGGAGUGGAUUCAAGGAAAGGUGUGCUGGAAUCUUCUGCUUUCUUUUGUUAGUCUUCAGCCUCACUUCCUUAUAUUUAAGACAUUUAGUGAGCUUCAUGUCUGGUGAAAUCCUGCCGGUGGCCAGUAACGGAAAACUGACACAGAGCAUCAACUUAGACGACACACUUAACUUUGGCACCAGACAGGAGGUUGAAACAAGAACAUCCUGGAAUGCUCCUAUUAUCUGGGAGGGGAUGUUUGACCCCAGUCUGUACGACCGUAAGCACAUCCAAAACAACUCAUCUGUGGCCCUCACUGUGUUCGCUGUGGGAAGGUACCUUGAUGCCUACCUCAACACUUUCCUUACCUCUGCAGAACAGCAUUUUAUGUUGGGAUUACAAGUGACGUAUUACGUGUUUACGGAUCUACCAGAAAAGGUACCAAAGAUCAAGCUUGGUCCUCACCGGAGCCUGAGGGUUAUCCAGGUGGAAAAGCACUCCAGAUGGCAGGACAUCUCCAUGAUGCGCAUGAAAACGAUAUCAGAUGCCAUAGAAUCAGAGAUUCGUCACCAUUGCAAUUAUAUCUUCUGCUUUGACGUGGAUCAGGAGUUUAAGGGAAGAUUUGGCUCAGAGGCUCUGGGGGAUUCUGUGGCUCUGCUACACGCAUGGUUUUAUAAACUUCCAAAGUACCAAUUUACCUAUGACAGAAACCCCAAAUCCAAAGCCUACAUGGAAACUGGCGAUUAUUACUACCACGCUGCACUCUUUGGAGGCUUGCUGGAAAAUGUGAAGGAUUUGGCAGAUCACUGCUUUCUGGGUAUCAUGGAGGACAAAGAAAACAAUGUGGAGGCUCGGUGGCAUGAUGAGAGUCAUCUGAACAAGUACUUUUGGCUUCACAAGCCAAGCAGGCUGCUCUCCCCUGAGUACUGCUGGGACGGGGUGAUUGCUGAGAAUAGUGACAUACAUGUCACUCGCCUAGUUUGGGCACCAAAACAUUAUGACAAACUUCGUACUAAGUAG